AGAAACCGACUGACCACCCCCCUCGCUGCCCUUUCGAGUAGGUAGAAUUUUUCGCAAAACUGAGUCACAAUCCCAACAAGCGAACAAGAGACAAUCCUGUUGGCCCGUUUACCGCUAAAAAUACCUCGGAAAAUAAAUCUUCGCAAAACCGUCGCAAGGGUCUGCGUCCUCUUCGUUUGUUUCGCUCGUCGGUAUCGAUAGAACUAGGUCGAAUAAUCUAAAAAGAAAAACCAGAGAACUUCUACCCACACCACAAUGUCGUCCGUAUUUCCGUUGGAGAACAAUGCCGCGUCCGCUCGUGUGGCACCGGGUGUGGAACGGGACAACGAGAUUAUUGUGAACGACGUCUGCUUGAUGUUCCGGGGAGAUGAUGUUGAUGACGAUGAUCAUCCUGGUUCUGAACUACACGACCGCAAGAAAAACUCCGAGCUGCGCCGCGGCUCUCGGCCGACGUUGGGCGGCGGAUCCAUUGCUGGUGGUGCAGUCGUCUUGCUGGGUUGUUCCCUCAGCAACCUGGUACAGCCGGGCUACGGCUACACGGCCACGAUCUUGAAGCACAAAGAACACCGGAAGAUGAAGCAUUCUGGAGCGCCUAUUGCGGGUCGCCCCGGCAACAUCGCAACUGAACGUCGCCGGCAUGACGCUGGAGCUGGUGCUGCCUCGUCGAAUGUCUUGCUUCAGCUUUUCACGAAGAAACAGCGGAAGAAGGAGAAGGCCGGCUGUGCGCCACCCGAGUCGGCAACGCCGCUCCCAAACCUUCCAAUUGUUGCGGGCGGAGACGCCAGCGUGCAGGAGGCGGAGCUCCACACCAGCGGAGGCGGAGACGGAGAAACAAUGGGCGGUGCGUCAUCGGAUGAGCGGCGGGCUGAUAAAGCUGCUGCACAGGGGGAAGCGACUUCUGAAGCACCAGAGCCGGUGGCCCCUUCUGAAGCGAUUUCUGAAGCGACUUCUUCUAGUACCCCAGCCCCCCCUACUGCCGCGAGUACCACCACGACAACCACAACAACGACUGAAGUUAAUCUCUGUAAUUUUCCCGUGGGGCAAACAUGUGACUGUCAGCUCGUUCUUAAUAGGGAGGGUGCAGAGCCUGAAGUAUCCAUAGCGUGCCAAAUCUCUCCCACAUCGCUCCGGAAGUACUUUUUUCCAACAAGCCUGCCCUCACACACUCCGCUCUUCGGCCACGACUUUGGUCUACGGGUAUGGAUUUGUAGUCGCAAGGUGACGGCGUUUGCUUGUUGCAUCUUAGGACAUAAAGAAAACAAUAUACAUCAAUAGCAACAACGCAGCGCGACGGAAGGUCGUCGCGAUUCUCGUAUACCGACCCAGCAGGAACUACUACAGGCCUCAGUAUCUACACACUGGUCGUCCGCAGGCAGCUUGUACAUGUUGUUCGGCCGCCUUCCAAGUUCUCUUGACUUUUAUACUUGCGCCUGCUUUUCGAAAAGGAAAACCGUAAAAAGUUUGUAUAUUACCGCCAACGACCUCAACGUUUUCGGUUUUCAUGAUUGACGGUACUACAACCUGGUUGAAUCUUCACGUGACAGAAAUAAUCACGCUGCUCGCUCCUGCUUAGAACAAACUACCCGGAUUACCAGAUGAUGGGGAGCAUUUACACAUGCAUACAGCGCCGACGGACACUACAACCCGUUGGUUGAGGUGGGACUCAAAAAAGACUUUGACUCCGUGGCACCAGCGAGCGGUUCUGCUACUUGCUACUCCCAACCAGGUGUGACGGUGAAGGGUUCCAUAUCGAAAGGAACAGAGUUUUCUCCCUGCUCAUCAUGCCAAAAUCCUAACAGAUAGCAUGCCGGAUGUCUACUUUUCUAUUUCUACUGAAGGAACUGGAACCGCCCCAAGCGGAUGUUUUGCAGAUGGUCUCCUGUUGAUUAAAAUCAAUCCUUUCUGGUUGUUUCCGCUGCUCUUGCUUCCCGUGUAAAAGAAAACGACUUAAGUAUGCAACGUGCUGACAAAGCUGCUGAGUAUCGGCUCGCCAAGAAUGAUCAACGCCGUGACAACAAGGGUUCGCUUGGAAGGGCAUGGGGAUGAAGGAGAAUUUUUUCUCACGAGAAUCCGGAUCGAACGACAUUAAGCCGGGAGCGUUCACAAUUUUAAACAACGUGUGCAAGCAGCUGUGCGAGGAGACCAAUUACUGUGAGUUCUACUCCGUCGGCGAGGACAGUAGCCUUUUGGAGGAUGAAUUUCCUUGCAAGCUUUUCACGGGGUGUGACAAGCCCGUGAACUCCCCGAGUCUCUGGUCUUACUACUACAACCCGCAAGCAACAUCUUCUUACGGCGAGCAAAUUUGCCGCAUUCCUGGCGAGCCGAAAAACCGGCGUAGAACUCGGAACCACGACGAAACGAGGCGAGCGACGCACAGAAACGAUGAAGAGGGGGGACUUAAUCAUGGUUUUCAAGAAAGUGCAAAAGCGCAACAGGCAAAAUCAAAACGCAUAUCAAAGCCGAGAGAAGUGCUUGACUAUUUCUCUUGCGAUGUAUUCGUCCGUUAUUCCCUCCGUUCUUCCCCCUUGUUGCGUUGUUGUCAAUUAAUUUGUAUUUUCAGACCACAGUGCAAAAACAAAUUUUAGAACUCCGUAUUCCUUUUUAUUUUUUCCCUACGCUACGUAAAUGUAAAUGUAAAACUAAAAGUAUGAUGAAUUCGAACCACCCAUUUCCUUCGUCUCGUCCCCCGUUCAUAAUUUACACAGUUUUUGAUCGUGUGUCCUUUUUUUUCGAUUUCGAGCCAUAUGAAUAUAUCUUUUGGACCGAUCCUGCAGCACCGUAUCAUCGUCAGUGAGUAUCAGCACCGAAAACACAAGCGCAUUUUCACAUGGAACGUAGUGAAUCUCACCUCAUCGCAUGCAGGAUCAUCAUCAGAACAAAGGACAGACCGCAAC